AAAAUGCAUUUAGUCUAUAGUUAUAGUAUUGAUUCUCUUGAGAUGAGAAUUCAAUACUUCUUAUUUAAUAGAAAAACGAGCGCGAAACUGUAAAAUUGUAAACAUAUAAUACUCUUAUUUAUUAUGUAUAUUAUGUGGUGAAUAAAUAAAUAAAUAAAUUCGAAGUGCAAGAACAAUUCCUCCUGAGUCACCGCUACAUCAAUCACAUAUAAAAAGAAGCCCGUGCAAAUAAGAUAUGAACAGUCAAGAGGUAAGCCUCGCUUUGACAGUAGCUUGUUGAGUGCAAGCUUGACUCAGUAUACGUUCGAAUACGUUUUGCCCUACAGCUUCGGAUCUUGAUCGGUUUGAUAAAAAUCAAACAAUGAAUGACGUCAAAGGAUACAUGGAGGCCCACGAACUGGCGGCUCAUGAAGAUGCCGAUCUUAUCGAAGAGUUUAGUGACGAACUUGCAAAAAUGACCGGAAAGUGCAUCGACAUCGGCUGCGGCCCUGCCUCAGUUACGCGCAAGCUCCUCAUGCCCCGACUGCCACCUAAUGUUCACAUCAUUGGUGCUGACAUAUCCAAGGAAAUGGUCGAAUUCGCUAAGCAAACUCACAGUGACGAGAAACGGUUAUCAUUUAUCGAAUUAGACGCAGAGGCGGAAAAAAUACCAAAAGAGCUGAUUUGUGCCUUUGACAACGCCGUUUCUUUCUUCUGCCUACACUGGUGUCAAAAUACGAGAAGAGCAUUUGAAAAUAUUUACCAAAUUCUGCGGCCAGGUGGAAGAGCCCUGGUGCUGUAUGUAGCUUACCACAAAAUAUUUGACUGCUACCUAAGAAUAGCUCAGAUGUCUCAAUACAAACCGUAUAUGACGGAAGUCACUAAAUUCAUCCCAAAAUUUCAACAUUGUGACAGUCCAACGGUUCAGAUGAAGAAAAUACUUGAGGAAACCGGUUUUAAGGUCUUGCACUGCAGCUUACGGAAAAAGACGUACAUCUUCAGAAAUUUGGAAAUCGCAAAGAAACACUUUGUGGCUGCUAAUCCAUUCAUAAGCAAAAUGCCAGAGAACGUUGGAAAAGAAUUCGGAAAUGUUCUGGCACGCGAAUUCGCAAGUAAAAAAAAUAAGGAAUUAAACGAGGAGGAGGAAGUACUUGACCUGCAUCAUUUACUCAUCAUUUAUUUGGAGAAGCCGGAAAGAGAAAAAUAA